UGUUGUUGCGGCAGGAGGCCGAGGCCGGGCCGGUGCCGCGCGGGGGUUGCAGCGGGGCCGGGGCCGGGGCCCGGGCCCGCGCCGGGGAUGUCGGUGUGCGGCGGGGCGGUGGGCGCCGGCUCCCUGCCCAGCGAGCUGGUGGUGCACAUCUUCUCCUUCCUGGCGGCGCCCGACCGGCUGCGGGCCUCGGCCGCCUGCUCGCACUGGCGCGAGUGCCUCUUCUACCCAGCGCUGUGGCCCCGGCUGCGCCUCAGCCUGCGUGUCUGCCCCGCCGAGCGCCCGCGCCUCGACUUCCUCAUGCGCAAGUGCGGCUGGUUCGUGCGGGAGCUGCGCGUCCAGUUCGCCGCCGACAACUACCCCAGCGGCGGCGGCGGCGGCGGGGGGGGCGGCCUGGUGGGCGACGGCGCGGUGGCGGGGCCGGGGGCGGCAGCGGCCGACGGGGAGACGCCGCUGUGCCCGCGCUGGCUGGAGCUGCUGAGGACCUACCUGGAGCUGGUGCUGUGCGUGCUGAGCAGCGUCCGCCACAACAGGAACCUCCAGAAAUUAAGCCUUUUUGGGGAUAUCAGCAUUCUACAGCAACAUGGAAGUUUAUCAAAUACAUACCUCAGCAAGGUGGACCCAGAUGGCAAAAAGAUUAAGCAAAUACAGCAACUGUUUGAAGAAAUAUUGGGCAAUAGCAGGCAACUGAAAUGGCUGUCUUGUGGGUUUAUGCUGCAAAUAGCAACUCCCACGUCUCUGUCCUCUUUAUCAAACCCCAUUGCCAACACCAUGGAACAUCUGAGUUUACUGGACAACCACAUCCCUGGAAAUACCACUCUUAUCACUGCAGUUGAAUUGGAGCGCUUUGUGAAUCUACGCUCGCUCGCCUUGGAUUUCUGUGAUUUUACAGCUGAAAUGGCAAGAGUCUUGGCUGAUAGCAACCAUGUGCCUUUGCAUCGACUGUCUCUUCUGGUCCACAAUGUUUCCAUAAUGCACAAGUCCUUGGACAACAUGCCAGAAGAUGAGAAUUGGAAGGCACUGACACGCAAUAGCACUAAUCUCCGGGUCUACAUAAUGGCAUUUGAUGUCAAGAGUGAUGAUAUGCUAAGGAUUCUUAAGCCCAGUAUCCCAUUAGAGCGGAUUCACUUUGACAGCUACAUCACUUGUGUUUCAGGGGCUGUUGUUGACCUCAUAUCCAGGCAGUAUGACAAGUUCCUCACUCACUUUAUACUAAUGAAUGAUGUGAUAGAUAUGUCUGGCUUCCCUGAUCUUAGUGACAACCGGAACGAAGACCCUCUGGUUUUAUUAGCAUGGAGGUGCACAAGGCUCUCUCUCCUAGCAGUACAUGGUUACACUGUGUGGGCUCAUAACCUCAUUGCAAUCGCUCGUCUUCGUGGCUCUGAUUUAAAAGUUUUAGAAGUCACGGAAGAAAGCAUUGACUUCGACCAAGGUGAACUAGCUGAUCAGGACGUGGAUCCAGUACAUAACCUCAUUGAGCAGGUAUCCCUUGGAUUGGGUCGACCUUGGCAUGCAGUCAUGGACAUAGAAUUACUCAGUGUCUUCACUGAGCCAACUCGUCAUUUUUAUAGAGAGAUGCAAAGCUUCAGUGAAGGCAUUUAGCUCUUUUUUUUAUUUACAGUUCCUGUGGUUACAUAUGCAAGUAGGGUCCUAUUAUGUUUUUCAGUAGUGUGAAUUAACCCCUUUUGUGCUGUGUUUAAUCAGUAUUAGCUAUAUAGAAUUAUAUAUGUGUAUUCUACUUCUUGAUCAAAGAACGUAGUCGGGUAUUGGUUUAGAAGCUGAAAGUGGCAAUGUUUAGGGCUUUCACGGUUAAUGGACUUGUCGACCAAACCUUAGAGAUACAGCCGAAAGUUGUCUGAGGUUGCCGGCUAACUUCUAUUUUCCCUUUCUUUUUUCGACUAAACUCUGCAUCUUGAAUUAUUUUACUCUUAGGUCAGAGUUCUGUGCUCAGGAGCAAAUUCUUCUUAAUGUCCAUAUCCAUAGCCUGGUGGAUUUUUUGUGUAAUUGUUGUCGCAUAAGCUGGUAGCAUGCUACUUAAUGGGCUUAAGAAAAAAACAGGAAAAGACGACUUCCCAAUGCCAGUUCAUGGUAGACUUUCACUUUCAUUUCACAUGCAGUUUUUGAAGCAUGAAUUACUCCCACUCCCUUUUUCUCAGAUAUUACUCAGUAGCCUACAGCACUGUGUAGCUUUUCAUAAACACCUGAAUUUGUAGACUCAGGCUAUAAAUUGUAGGAUUUCUGAUCCUUUGUAAACUCAUCGUAGCUUAUUCUCAUGGUCUAUCAGCUUCUCCAUACAAGUUAGCUUUGGGCCCAGAUUUCAACAGAAAAUGAACAUAUGCUCCAAUGGGGUAAAAACCAUAACAAUGAAGACACACAUUUCAAUGUACAUGCUUGCAAACAGACAUUAGUCGUGAAAUCCCUAGCAACUAAGUCACUGGAUUUUCUCUGUCAGCGCCUGUGUCAGCUGCCAAAGAAUAGAUUAAAAACGAAGAAGUGCCCACAUGCUGGCAGGGGCAGGUCAACUCUUGGCCAGCCAGAUACUGCUAGAUUGUAAUAUAUAAGGUCGAAUUUCGACCUGUGGUACACAGCUGUGCUGUGGCUCAGUCAGCAACCUCAGAACUCUUAAACAAACAUGCACCUGUUUCACUGUGAAUAGUGAAUGUAAAGGAAGGAAAGGAAAGCAAAUACAAAGCUUGUUCUAUCACAGGUAUGAGCUGCUAUGAUGCAUGAAGAACAUUCCAUGAAGUAUGUUUUAAAAUCUUGUUAUAUCUGAGAGGCUUUAAAAGCCGAUUAACUGUUUCAGGGCAACCGCGGUACAGACGUGGUCUCUGUGAGACUUCCACCUGACCCCAGUUUUAAGUGGUACGAAUGUUGUGCAUUUAAUGUUAAAGGACAGUCUGCAAUAAUAAAGUAAGUGGCCAACGUGGGUGCCCAGCAGUGCUGAGACCUGGCUGCUCUAUUGUAAGCUUUGGAAAACACAAUUUAUGCAACAGAUGUCCAGAUAUGAUUCUAUUUAUGGAAAAAGUUUAUAUGUGUUUUACAAAUGGUUUUACCAUCUUAUAUUAAAAUGACCUUUUGACAGGUGUGCGCUGUUUUGUCUCCAGUGAGCACAUACCAUGCGGAUUUUAUAUGUACAUCAGUAGAGUGAAUCCACUGGCACAGUGUGUGUAUAUGCCAGAUGUGGUGAGAUUUUAUCUUAUAAAUGUGAUCAGAUUAAAAAAAAAAAACUCCUGACAGAAAGUGUAAGGAAACCAGCUGAAUGCUUGAAUUGAUGACUGAUGUUGUAUGGUUUAUGUUAAAUGUAUAUUCUUUUAAUCAACGAAUAAAGCAUUAAAAAUUGA